AUGUCAUUAGCAUUUGUUUGCAAAAGGACACUACCCAAGCAACUACUCAUAAGAAGAACAUUUUCUAUAAUGAGCCCAGUCAAAGGAAAGCCAGAUAAUGCUAAAAUAUUGAAGACCACUCCAGUUGCUGAUGCCAGUCAGUGUAAAUGGAUCGGGUUAGAAAAAAUUACUUAUCAAGAUCCCAAUGGAAAUGAAAGGCAAUGGGAUAGUGCCGUCCGUUUAACCAGAGCAGCCGGUGGCAUUGACGGUAUUGGUAUUUUGGCUAUCUUAAAAUACAAGGAUGGUAGACCAAAUGAGAUUCUUUUACAAAAGCAAUUUAGACCUCCUGUAGAAGGUGUGUGUAUUGAAAUGCCAGCAGGACUAAUUGAUGCAAAUGAGGAUGUUAGAACUGCAGCUUUGAGGGAAUUGAAAGAGGAAACAGGUUAUGUUGGUAAAAUUGUCCAUGUGAGCCCUGUGGCAUUUAACGACCCUGGAUUUACCAAUACCAAUUUGGCAUUAGUUACCGUGGAGAUUGAUAUGACUUUGCCUGAAAAUUUGAAUCCACAAACUUCUUUAGAGGAUAAUGAAUUUAUCGAAUGUUUUGCCGUUCCUUUGGAUAAGUUUGAGCAAGAACUGAUAAGUUUAGAAAAACAAGGUUACAAAUUGGAUGCACGUGUACAAAACGUUGCACAAGGUAUAUUACUAGCUAAACAAUACAACAUCAACAAAUAA